AUGGCAGUCAAUGUAGUCAAGGUAGUCAAGGUAGUCAAGGCAGUCAAGGUAGUCAAGGCACUCAUGACAGUCAAGGCAGUCAAGGCAGACAAGGUAGUCAAGGCAGUCAAGGUAGUCAAGGCAGUCAAGGUAGACAAGGUAGUCAAGGCAGUCAAGGUAGUCAAGGUAAUCAAAGCAGUCCAGGCAGUCCAGGUAGUCAAAGCAGACAAGGUAGUCAAGGCAGUCAAUGUAGUCAAUGUAGUCAAAGAAGUCAAGGUAGUCAAGGCAGUCAAGGUAGUCAAGGUUGUCAAGGCAGUCAAGGUAGUCAAGGUAGUCAAGGUAGUCAAGGUAGUCAAAGCAGUCAAGGUAGUCAAAGCAGACAAGGUAGUCAAAGCAGACAAGGUAGUCAAGGCAGUCAAUGUAGUCAAUGUAGUCAAAGAAGUCAAGGUAGUCAAGGCAGUCAAGGUAGUCAAGGUAGUCAAGGUAGUCAAGGUAGUCAAGGUAGUCAAAGCAGUCCAGGCAGUCAAGGUAGUCAAAGCAGACAAGGUAGUCAAGGCUGUCAAAACAGUCAAGGCAUUCAAGGCAGACAAGGUAGUCAAGGCUGUCAAAACAGUCAAGGCAGUCAAGGCAGUCAAGGCAAUCAAGGCAAGUCAAGGUAUUCAAGGCAGUCAAGGCAGUCAAGGCCAUCGAGGCAGUCGAGGCAGUCGAGGUAGUCAAGGCAGUCAAGGAAGUCAAGGUAGUCAAAGCAGUCCAGGCAGUCAAGGCAGUCAAGGCAGUCAAGGCCAUCGAGGCAGUCGAGGCAGUCGAGGUAGUCAAGGCAGUCAAGGAAGUCAAGGUAUUCAAAGCAGUCAAGGCAGUCAAGGUAGUCAAGGCAGUCAAGGUAGUCAAAGCAGUCAAGGCAGUCAAGGUAUUCAAUGUAGUCAAGGCAGUCAAGGUAGUCAAGGCAAUCAAGGUAGUCAAGGCAGUCCAGGUAGUCAAGGCAGUCCAGGUAGUCAAGGCAGCCAAGCCAGUCAAUACCAUCGGAAACUUUCCGUUACACCCAGCCUAACUUGCCCUCUGACUCGGGCAUUGUCUGUGAUCAAAGUCCUCCUUCUUAUGACUUUCUAUGAAAGCUAA